GGCCUUCUUAUCAUGACUUACGAGGUACUCUACUGCAUAAUAAUGUCCAGGAGAUUAGAACAUAUCUUCUCGAAAUUGAAAAUUCUUGAAAGACUUAUGGAUGUUCAGACAUGGCAUGCAGAUGGAUGGACUGAUCAAAAACAAGUUCCAAUCAUAAACUUUCUCGUUUAUAGUCCUAAAGGCAGCAUGUUUUUGAAGUCGGUUGACACAUCGGGCCUCAUUAAGGAUGCGGACACCUUACUUGGUAUUUUUGACGAAGUAGUUGAACUUGUUGGGCCAAAAAACAUUGUGCAAUUUGUGACUGAUAAUGAAGCUGCUUAUAAAGCGGCGGGAAAAAGAUUGCAAGCAAAGCAUGGAAGCUUUUUUUGGUCUCCUUGUGCAGCCCAUUGCCUAGACUUGAUGUUGGAGAAUUUCGCCAAUCCGAAGCACUUGCCCCGUAUUGAUGCUGUCAUUCAACAAGCAAAAAAAGUCACAAGGUUCAUCUAUAAUCAUGCGUGGGUUGUUAACUUGAUGAGGAAAGAUUUCACUAAUGGAAGAGAUUUGUGUCGCCCUGGGAUUACAAGGUUUGCAACAAAUUUUCUAAGUCUCCAAUGUUUGCUUAAAUUCAAGAAAGAGCUUCAUCAAAUGUUCACUAGUGAUAAGUGGGUUGGGUCUCGUUAUGCCAAAAGUAUUGCGGGGAAAGAGAUUGGUAUGAUUAUCUUGGAAGAUAGAGAGUUUUGGUCGGAAUGUCAAACUGUGGUGAAAGUUAGUGAUCCAUUGGUUAGGGUUCUCCGUCUUGCAGAUAGUGAAGAGAAGCCUUCUAUGGGUUAUUUGUAUGAGGCCAUGGAUAAGGCGAAAGAGGCUAUCAAAACAAGGUUGCAAAACGGGGUUUCAUUGUACACUCCGUAUACUAGGGUGGUCGAUGCUAGAUGGGAUAGACAGCUUUAUAGUCCUCUUCAUGCUGCCGGUUGCUUUCUUAAUCCUGGAAUUUAUUUCAGGCCUACUUUCACCAAGCAAAAAGAUGUUUCUAGAGGAUUGGUCAUGGCUAUUACAGUCUUGGUGCCCGACAAUUUUAUGCAAGAAAAAAUAAGUGAACAACUUGAAGAAUAUAAGCAGUCAACAGGUCACUUUGGUAUGUCCCUUGCAAUUCGUCAACGAGAGAGGCUCAAUCCAGUUGCAUGGUGGGAGCAAUUUGGGAACGAUUGUCGAGACUUACAAAGUUUUGCAAUUCGGAUCCUUAGUCAAUGUUGUAGUGCAACAGGAUGCGAAAGAAAUUGGAGUACGUUUGAGUUCAUCCACUCUAAGAAAAGAAAUAGACUAGAACACAAAAGAUUGAAUGAUCUUGUGUUUGUUCGUUACAACUUGAAACUUCGAGAAAGGAAUAUUAGCCGAAGGAAGGAUGCUUUUGACCCGAUUAGUCUUGACAACAUAGAUGUAAUAGGGGAUUGGAUAUCUGAAGAACCUUCUCUACUUGCUGGAGAGGAUCUUGGGUGGGAGCUUGUUGAACCACCAUCACUUGAGAAUCUAACGUUGGUUGAUGAGCCUUGCUUUGAUGAUGGCGAAGACAACCUUCCAGCUCAAAAUGAGAGUCAAUAUGAUUGGGUUGGCGAUGGAAGUUUUUACUUUGGAGGAGAACAAGAUCCUUAUAACUAUGUUCAAUGAUCUGAUCUGUUUCGUAAUUUCGUUUUGAGUCUUUUUGGAUAAUUUUUUGCUGCCAUUUGUUUCACGAAAAUGGUUUAAACUUGGUUGGAAGAUGAAGUAGUUAAUGGAUGAGUAGUUUAAGAUGUUUUGAGAACUUGGUUUGCAUAUGAACUUGGUUUGAGAAU